UCUAAAUUAACUCUAACUUUGUCACUGGUCUUGUCCUUGCAUGAAAGAAGAUUGUAUUUUGACCAGGACAGUGAUGCGAUCUGGUGAAUAAUACUAUGUUUAUGCCCUGAGGAGACAAUUUGUACUUCUCUCUGAGGCUCCGACUUCAUGCCCAUCAACUAUAUACAUAUAACUCAUGAAAAGAAACAAAAGAACGGAAAAAGAAAAAGGAAUAAUAGACCCACAGGAGCAGACCAUGUAUGGAGCAGACUGGAGGUCUGGAGCAAGGCACAAAUCUGAAAGCCUUGUUGAGUGGAAUAUUUGGCAAAAACCAUUAGCGAAAACACUUUGUUACCGUUUGUCAAAAUAUGUUGCUUGACCAUGCUUGGACUUGUCCACUUAGACAGCUAAAUGUCCUUAUCAACCAACAUGUUGCUCUCCUGUAUAUAAGUUAAUCAUCUACUAUAGUAUAUAUGGUAUGGAUGAUUGAAUUUAUGGCAGAAAAAUAAUAAUUGAAUUUUACCAUGAGUGGACAUGCUGUUGGCCAGCUCAUGCAUUAAAUAAUUGGUGUGGCGUUGAACAUAUUACUAAGCUCUCAUCUUAAGUGGGAACGUGAUGACUGAUGAAUGGAACAAAUGAAGGCCAUGAUCUUCUGUUCAUUUCCAUUGGUUGAUGCAAACUCCUAGAACCUCAUGCACCCGGGACAGUGGAAUUAAUACACUUCUACGAUAGGUUGUGCAGUCAUAAAAUGUGGUGAAAAAACCCUAAUGUAAACCCUUUUGGAUUCCUACUCUAUGUUAGGCUGUGCAGUCUGAAAAAAUGCAUUAUGAAAUCAAUUUUAGAAUAAUCCAAUUUGUUUGCAAUUACAAUUUGGUUCUGUUUCUGAAACUUAAGUGCAGCUGUAACUCUUCUUAAUGAGUUAUUUACAGUAAGAAACGUUUUCAGUUUGUCAGUGUUAGUAAUGCUGGUCUAUAACUGGAGUACUCCUUGUACACGUCAUAUAAUGUUGCCACUUUAUCUACUAGAUUAUCACAUUUGUAGGGAUGCUUGCUUUUUCGUGCAAUAUUAGUGAUUUAAUUCUAACCUUGUCACUGUUCUUGUCCUUGCACGAAAGAAGAUUGUAUUCGACCAGGACAACGAUGGCGAUCGAGUGAACAGUACCAAGUUUACGCCCUGAGGAGACGAUGUCUACUUCUCUCUGAGGCUCUGAUUUUCUGCCCAUCAACUACAUAACUUAUGUAAAGAAAACAAAAGAACGGAAAAAGAAAAAAGAGCACUUGUUGAGUGGACCGUGUAUGGAGCAGGCUGGAGGUGGAACAAGGCACACAUCUGAAAGCCUUGUUAAGUGGAAUGUUUGGCAAAAGCCAUUAGUGAAAGCACAUGGUUACCAUUUGUCAUUAUCGAUUAGUCAAAAUAGGUUGCUUGACCCUGCUUGGACUUGUCCACUUAGACAGAUAACUGUCCUGAUCAACUAACAGGUUGCUCUCCUAUUUGUAAACAAAACCAACCACCACUACUGGAGAACUGCAGAAACAGCGAGUAUAGCAUGGAGAUGAGAGCAACGCGAAGCUUCUUUGCUUGAGAUAGAUUGUGCUUACACGUGAAGAAAAUGAACUGCAAGUCUUCUAUCUCUCUCUUAUUUGCUGCACUGAUCCCCUACAUGUUCCUGGUAUUUGAUGCAAGUCAAGCUGCAGUUCCAACGGAUACCCUUCUUCCUGGCCAAUCUAUCUCGGGCAGCGAAAUUUUGGUCUCCGAGAAUGGUGUAUUUGAGUUGGGGUUCUUCUCCCCGUCCCCAGGUGCCAUGAAGCACUACUUGGGCAUACAGUACAAGAACCUGAUAGGCAGCCACCGAGCUAUGUUCUGGCUGGGGAACAGAAUCCCUAUCACCAGCUUCCUCAACACAACCUUGUACCUUGCCGCAGGUGAAUUAUAUAUCGAGGAGCUUGGUUCUGUUCUCUGGACCUCGGGUUCAGCAACAAAUGGAUCAGCCGGUUCUGUGGCGGUUCUCCUUAACACUGGGAAUUUUGUUGUGAGAGAUCAGACCAACCAUUCUAAGGUCAUAUGGCAGAGCUUUGAUCAUCCAGCUGAUGCUCUGCUACCUGGAGCAUGGCUAGGAUUGGACAUGGCCACCGGAGCACACAUCUCGCUUACUUUAUCCAAGCCUCCUUACCAUUGCACCCUCGUGAUUGACCAGAGUAGGAAGAUGGGAUUUGUCAUGUCCAUUGAUGGGCAUGACCAUCUUGGUACCUUUCCAGACGGGAUGAACCCAAAUGAUCUCCAAUUCAUGAGACUGCAUAUGGGGCAAGUCAGUCUGCUGAGGUGGGUAAAUAAUGCGACGAUUACUGGUUGGCAACCUCUAUGGAGCUAUCCCUCCAGCUGCAAAAUCAGUGCUUUCUAUUGCGGCGCAUUCAGUGCUUGCACAAGCGCAGGAACAUGCGCGUGCAUUGAUGGUUUCAGACCAAGUGAUCCAGAUGAAUGGAGGCUUGGGCAAUUUGUUAGCGGCUGCUCUAGAAUAAUACCCUCAGAUUGCGAAGACGGCAUCUCCACCGACUCGUUUGUUUUGUUAGACAACCUGCAAGGCCUUCCUGCCAACCCUCAAGAUACAAGCGAAGAAACUAGUGAAGACUGUGAAGCAACCUGUCUGAGCCAAUGCUAUUGCGUCGCAUAUUCCUAUGAUCUCUCUGGAUGCAAGAUAUGGUAUAAUGUGUUGCUUAAUUUGACUUUUGGAAAUAGUGCCAUUCACCACGCCAAGAUUUCCAUGCGUAUAGGUUCUCAUGGUAAAAGGCAGCAAGGACGCAUACAGCAUGUCAUGUUGGUUAUUGGUCCAAUAGUUGUUGGUCUUCUUAUCAUGCUGGUGAUUUUCUGGCUGUACAAGAUAUCUUCAAGACAGACUAAAGUGGAUGGUUUUCUUGCUGUUUACACCUAUACGCAGCUCAAGAGAGCCACAAGAAAUUUCUCUGACAAACUCGGCGAAGGAGGCUUUGGAAGUGUAUUCAAGGGAACAGUUGCAGGUCCAACUGCCGUAGCCGUGAAGAAGCUUAAAAGCUUCGGGCACAGAGAUAAGCAAUUCCGAGCAGAAGUACAAACUCUUGGGCUGAUUCAACACACCAAUCUUGUGCGCCUUUUCGGAUUCUGCAGCGAAGGGGCCAGAAGGCUGCUGGUCUAUGAGUAUAUGGCAAAUGGCUCCUUGAAUUCUCAUCUCUUUUCAUCGGGAACAAGCGUUUUGAGUUGGAGUCUUCGCCGUCGCAUUGCCAUUGGUGUGGGUAAAGGUCUUUCCUAUCUGCACGAGGAAUGCAGGGACUGCAUCAUACACUGCGACAUCAAGCCCGAGAACAUACUACUGGAUGCUGAAUUCUGCCCCAAAAUCGCAGAUUUUGGCAUGGCCAAGCUUCUCGGACGGGACAUGAGCACGGCGCUGACCACCCUCCGUGGAACCAUCGGCUAUCUCGCACCGGAGUGGGUGUAUGGUCAGCCUAUCACUCACAAGGCAGAUGUCUACAGCUUUGGUGUUGUGCUCCUCGAAUUGAUCUCCGGGAGGAGGGCUACCGGGAAUGGAAAUCAUCGGUACUUCCCCCUUUAUGCUGCAGCUAAGGUGAACGAAGGAGAUGUCUUGUGCUUGCUCGUGUUAGAGUUAUAAUAUAAGUCAUGUAUACCCCUUUGUAUUUAUCCCGUUGUAUAAGGGGUUUCCUGCAUAUGUACCACACCUGUACGUAUAUAUAUAUCGGCCUAUGGCCUCAUGGGAAUAC